UGUAAAUUAAAGUAUAUCCUACUUUGAGGUUAUAUUUCCUUUGAUUUUGGCACAAACAAUCCUUUUAUGCAGUAUUAUAAAUAUUGUGUUUAAAACUAUUUGUAAUAGUUUAUUAUAAGAUUUAUAUUUCUAUUGCAAUUUUUUUUCGAGUUACAAUUUAUUUUUAUUUCUCUUCAUGUGUUUGUAACUUGCAUUUUUUUCUGGUGUAGUGUAAAUGGAAGAAAUUGAUUUUUUGAAACCUUACGUUAUUACUCAACAAACAUGGAAAAUAGACUCUGGCUGUCCAGAACUGAAAAAUUCAUUAAAAUUCUCGUUGUCCAAAAGUUGCAGUCUAGAAGAACUCGUUCAAAUUGAAUCAUGUGUUCAUUUAUCAACUAAUGAAACUGAUGAACCAUUCUCUAUCAAGGUGAAGUUAGAAGCAUCAUCUAGUCAUCUCAUCAAAGGAUUCAGUGUUGUUUCUGAGGCCAGAAUAAUAGAAUGCUUUGGUGAACUUGGAGAAUAUUGCUGUACAGUCCAUGCAGAGUAUAUGGAUGAUUUUGAGGGCUGUGCUGUUUAUUCAGCCAGUUCUGAACUUCCUCUCUCCAGUGAAGUUACACUCAAGUUUGCCAAGAUGAAGCAUGAGAAUGAAAUGUGGCUUUACGGUCUAAUGUUUAGUGUUGAGCAGAUCACAGCUCCGCCAAUGAGUGUGGCUGGAAUCAAUUUACUCAACGUCAACCAAAUUCUCAAAGAUUCGAGCAGACCGUUAUCGGAAAAAGCUGAAAGUUGUAAAAGGUUCCUACAACAGUGCAGCAGUACUUCAAGUAAUGUCAAAGUUCCUGAUCCUCAAAUUCUCAUGAAGAUGAUGGAAGGCGAAUAUCGGAAAUCGUUUGGUGAGACGAGUAGGAAUCUAUCAAAAUGCAUUAGCAACAUUCUCCCCUUUCUCGCAAAUAAACCUAAUGAAAAGGUUAAUGACUCUUGUGUUAGUGAGACCACGGAAGUGUCUAAAGUGUGUGAAACAAAUGAAAAACAAACAAACUCUAGACAAUACAUUGAUCAACGCUUCGAAGAACUUGAGCAAAGAUUGAAUGAAAAAAUCGAUGAGAAAUUCAAGGAAUUAGAAAUAAACCAAAACCAAAAACUAGAUACGAUUAUAAAACUUCUAGAAAAAAGAUAAAGCUGUAUCUAUAAAGUGCAAAUUCAAUCUAUAAUAUUAAGUUAGCUAAUAUAAGUAAUAUUGUUGAUGAAAUUAAACUGUGUUAACAUAUUAAUUUUCAUGAUGGUUAAAGACGCGUUCCCUCAUAAUAGCAGUAUCUGAUAUUGCUAUCAGUUUCCGGUACUGUGAGAAUAUGAUUUUCAUGUGUUCCAAUGGGACUAUUCAUACUCGCUCGGCCGGGCUGAGUAAGAAUAGAGCUCAUUAUAUAUUAUACAGAUUGAUCAGAAAGUCUCUCCGCAGUGAAAUAUAAUAUGCAAAACAAAAACACUCAAAAACUUAUCAAACUGGUUUAUAAACAGAACACAAUAUGUCACCACGAAGCUACUGCGGAGAUACUUUUGAUCAUAUUUGAUGAAAUAGUUACAUUACAAUAUACUAAAUUCGUCAUGAAAUACGUUAACUUGAUGUUGAAAAAUAAAGACAUUUGGGUUUGAACAUUUUUGAACUAAUCUAUUGAGGAGAAGCAGUAAAAGUGAUAAAAAAAUUA